UUGAUCCGUAAAAUGCAUUACUCAUCCCAGCAUUACUCAGCGUAGCGCCAAAAAUAGAGCGAAGUCACAAAUGCCGAGGUGGCCAAAUUGAUAAGCGGGACCGAAAUAGUUAGCUGAACGUCACACGAUUCGAAUUAUUUAGGUGUGGAUAUCGAGGGCCGCUGGGGUUCAGGUCAGGUCAGGCCUAGGUGCGGCUACAGAGCCAUUGUUCCUAGACCAUUCAGUAGCAGACAGUCGCCAGCCAUGUUCAUCCCAUACACCGGCCCCUCUUCGAAGAAAGACGCCAACAUGCGUCGAGCAGUCAAUGCCUUCGUGGCGGCGGAUGCCGGAAAGAAGCGUCGACAGCGCAAAGGGGUCUCCGGACCUCGGACGAUGACAGGCACCCUACAGUGGGUUCAGGUUCCUGGCUCUGGCGACCCACAAGAACCAUCGGAUGAGACCCGCCGUGAUCGCCGUCGAUCGCGCAUUGACAACUCGAGCCGAUUGCUAUCCGUUGGCAGACCGCUAGGGGCCGGAAGAUUCUACCCCAUCGAAGACGUAGGCUCAAAGGGCCCUUUCACAUUGCAUGCUCUUAGUCAUUACUUCGACAUCCUUCUUCCGCACGACGCGAAGGCCCUUGGUCUGGGUCACGCUGAAAAGAACACAUAUAGUUCCGGGCUCCUUUCAUGGGCUUCCCAGUAUGAUAUCAUUCUCCACGCUCUGUCAGCAUUCACGCUCUGCAGCGUAGAGAGCCAGGAUGCUACCGGUGCAACCAGUCGUGCGAUUAUGUAUCACCGCAGUCGACUUCUUGGCGAUCUACACGAGAGACUUUCGCGUAGGCAGGUUGACGAUGUUCUGAUUCAAGCAAUAUGUCUUCUGAUUCCUGUGGACGACUACCUGGGGUACGUUGAAUACGGCCCAGUACACCUGAAAGGUCUCCAGGACGUUGUCCAAAUACGCGGUGGUUUCGAUCAGGUCGGAAGUUCGGACGCAGAUGCCUUUGGGAAGAAUCUGCGCAUGAGCAUGCUCGUUGUGACCAGUAUGGUGGAGUUUCAUUUGCAAACGAACAUUUCCGAUCAGCCUCUGCAAACGCUGGUACUUGCUGAGAUAGCGCUUCAACAGUCCGGGUUGCAGGCAAGGAUCUCGAAUCUAACAAAUGGGUUUCAAAAGCUUCUAUUUUCCGGGUAUGUGUCCGGGGAAAUCUUUGAUAUUUAUGAGAGCUAUACUCUUUGGAGCUCCAAGGUCAAGGAUAUAGACGCCUCGAUGAGAGAGACAUGGCGAUACUCAAGCUCUCGAGAAUUGAACAACCUCGAGAAGUGCAUCAUUGUAACGUUCGCAUGCUUAGCCGAUGACAUUAGCGCGAUGGGCACUCAUCCCGCAGCGCUUAUAUUUCGAAAGCCUAAGCAACGCGCGCAGAUCCUUGCCACGGUCACCGAUCUCUGGAAAAUUCCUGCAUUAAUCGACUGCAUGAUUUGGAUGUGCACUGUCAUCUCGACACCGCGCAACAAACUGUUGUUCUGUCGGGAGGCGCAAAGCCAGUUGUUGAAGAAGUCGGUACGCAAUCGAUCCCCGGCGCGGAAUUGGGGUCAGAUACAGACUAUCUUGGGACUUUUCGUGGUUGAAAGUACGCGUGAGCUGGACUGGAAAGAAGUAUGGAGUGCGGCGUUGGACGACCUUGGUGGAGAUGGGAAAGGAACUCUCGUUUGUAUACCACGUUUAGCCGGAGAGAUCACGCGGAAUUUCGAAACAUCUUCACCCUCGGCCUAAUCAACUCGCUAAACUUUAGUUUUCCUGUUUAUAUUCUGCCUUUUCUGGUCCGCUUGAACUUUUCACUGUGUUAUACAUAACUGGCAAGUGUAACUGGAGCAUUCUGGUUCCAUAUCAGACCGUGAGGCGACAUGUCAUGUUGCAAAGAGGAAUGAACGCUUGGUUGUAGUCCGAGAUCAUUAUUCUCCGGUAGAAUGUCGAGAUAAACAUGAUCAUUGCCAUGCGGCAGAAAGCCCGGGUAAAUCUGAUCAUCACUGGACAUGGGAGAAGCAGUUGCC